AUGUUUCACAAAGCAAUCAUUCUAACUGGCCUUCUCGCCACGACUGUCCUCGGCAGCCCUGUUGUGGCCAACGUGCGAAACGCCAAUCGUCUUGACAAACCCGUCCUCUCUCCUCAACUCCCAGACCUGAGCAAAGGACUUGAGGCCAACCUCAACUUCGCCUACGGAGAGAUCGCCCGCUGGGUGACACAUGGCUAUGAAGGCAAUCCUCGCACCAAUGAAGUCUGUCAGUCUUACUGGAAGAACAAUCACCUCGCGUGGGAGGACUUGUGGCAUUUCAAUGCCACUUAUAGGGACUGCCUCGCCAUGAGCUGGAACGGAUGCUUUCACUCCAAAGCCGAGCUAGACCCAGAAGACAUCUUCCAAAUCUGGGGCAUGAUCCCCGUCCAGAUGCGCUCCUACACCCGCCACUUGAUUGUGCUACCUGCGGAGGCCGAGAACCACAGCUCCAAAAGUAGUGCUGUCUGGAACGAUAGAGAUGAUAUCUACAUCAAGGGACGCCCAAGCAUGCACGAAUUUCUGGUUGCCGUGGCGAAGUCUGCCGACCUGCAUGGCUUCCCAGGAAUUAAGGAUGCGUAUCAUAAUACCACUGAGUGGCUCGAGGCAUACAACAAGGAUUCGGCUGUUCCAUCAACCAUCGCACAGAUCAGUCAAGCAGAGAAUAUUGCUGUGCACAUUGCCAUUGCCCUAUUCGAUAUCCGUGUUCCUGGAGGUAUUAGUUCAGUACUCCCCGGCUGGCGCGACAUUGGAAAUCAGCAGAAACAAAUCACCAAGGCCGCGCACCCCGACCUAUUCGGACUUCAUGGCGCUCCCAAAUCACGGGAGCUUCAGUGCAAUGUGACGGAUCGGAGGCCCAACAGCCCAUGGGUGAUCUUGUGA